AAGUGUUUCAUCGUCGCCCGAACCGAACUGCACGAGAAUUCCAUGGCCUGAAAGGACAGUGACACAACAGCAAAUAACCCCUCUAAAUUUGCACCAAACAUCGUGUACAUGAGAUUUACAAGCCGACCAAAAAUGAACUACAUGCCAGGAACAGCCAGCCUCAUCGAGGAUAUCGAUAAAAAACAUCUCGUCCUGCUCAGAGAUGGAAGAACAUUGAUCGGCUUUCUCAGAAGCAUUGAUCAGUUUGCCAACCUGGUGCUACAGCAGACGGUGGAGCGGAUCCACGUGGGCAAGAGGUAUGGAGACAUCCCUCGAGGAAUCUUCAUCGUCAGGGGAGAGAACGUCGUCCUCCUGGGGGAGAUCUGUGUGUGUAUACCUGUGAAGGACCUGGAGAAGGAGAGUGACACCAGUCUGCAGCAGGUGUGUAUCGAGGACAUCCUGGAGGAGCAGCGGCUGCAACAGCAGAGCAGGCAGGAGGCAGAGAAGACCAAACACCUGGCCCUGAAGGAGAGAGGCCUGGUCAUGCCCAGACCAGACAUCAUGGACGAAUACGGAGUACAGCACCAAUACUGACCGGUAUACAUACAUACAUACAUGUCCAUGAUACAUGCGCACACACACACACACACACACACACACACACACACGGUCAAUAGAUAAUGAUCCAAGUUCACCAUCUUUACUUUACCUUUGAGAGUGAAUCCCCAAUGUACUGGGCACCUAUGAUAAAGCACCUUAUUUCACAUUCAGAGUUUUAUAUUAUGUUUCCCUAAGAGUAUCAUGGCACUGACAUAAAUGUACAGUAUUUUGUUUGAACCAUUCUUUUAAACUAUUUUGUGAGGUGUAAUGAAAUCUACAUUUUGAUUUGUACAGAAGUGAAAAGAUGAUUAAUCAAAGUUGUACAUCACUGGAAAGGCCUUUGUUUGUAUUAAACAUGUUUAUUUUUUAGAA